AUGAAGAACUCGAAGGCCCUGACAAUGGUCCAGGAUAUUCCCCCCCCGCCCGAUGAUGAAGGGGGUGUUUUUGGGCACGGCCAUGAUCACGGCGCUGAUGCAUUGAGGUCUUCCCCCCCACCUGAUGUUGAUACAGAGUUUUUUGGCCGUGGGAACCAUUUCUUUCGGAAUUAUCAUACUCAACUCAAUGGCCGUCCAUGUGAUGAACAUGGUCAUUUUCUCGAGGACGACGCGCCGCCACCACCUUGUGAACCUCAAUCUCCCAACGACUGGACCCCAUUCCGUAACCGCACUGAAUUCGAAACUGCGGAUUUAUUCUACGUCCAGAACCCAACACCUGCCCGUAAAAUUGAUGCGCACCUUGCAUUAUGGGCAUCAACACUACUCAAACAUGGUGAUGUGCCACCCUUUGCAGACCAUCGAGAUCUCUACGAAACGAUCGACUCAAUACCAUUGGGAGAGGUGAAGUGGGAAAGUUUCGCGUGCUCGUAUUCAGGCGAGAAGCCUGAGGGUGAUUACCCGCCCUGGAUGGAUAGCACCUUUGAUGUGUGGUAUCGAGAUCCACGUCAAGUGGUUCACAACAUGCUUGCAAACCCCGAAUUCGCACAUGAGAUGGACUUUCGGCCGUAUCGAGAGUAUUCGACUGAAGGAGAGGAGCGCCAGUAUAGAGAUUUUAUGUCUGCUAACUGGGCGUGGGAUCAAGCGGAUGAAAUUUCUAAGGAUCCAGAUACGAUUGGCGCAACCUUUGUUCCCAUCAUCCUCGGAAGCGACAAAACAACCGUUUCUGUUGGUACGGGUAACAACGAGUAUUACCCGCUCUAUCUGUCCAUCGGGAACGUCCACAACAACGUCCGGCGUGCACACCGGAACGCAGUCUCCGUCAUCGGCUUUCUUGCAAUGCCAAAGACUACGAAGGAGCAUGCGAAACACGCAAGCUUUCGCAAAUUCCGCCGUCAACUAUUCCAUUCUUCGCUUUCGAAGAUUCUCGAACGACUUCGGCCUGGAAUGAAAGUACCCGAGGUUGCGAAGUUUGGCGAUGGGCAUUUCCGUCGCGUGGUCUACGGGCUCGGGCCAUAUAUUGCUGACUACGAAGAACAGGUUCUGCUGGCGUGUAUGGUGCGUUUCUGGUGUGCACGAUGCAUGGCACCGAGUGACGAUCUUGAUGCAGCUGGCGCACACGCUCGAUGUCAAGGGUACAUAGAAGAACUUGUUCAGGUGGGGACAUAUUUGGAGCUGUGGGACGAGUUCGGGGUUGUGGCGGAUCUCGUUCCGUUCACAAACGAUUUUCCCCGCGCCGAUAUUUGCCAAUUGAUUGCACCAGACCUCUUACAUCAGAUCAUCAAAGGGACGUUCAAAGACCACCUCGUGGAGUGGGUUCAUAAAUAUUUGCUACAUAUGCAUGGAACACGCGAGGCACAACGAAUAUUGGACGAUAUUGAUCAUAGAAUCGCCGCUGUUGCUUCCUUCGCUGGCCUCCGUCGUUUUCCGCAAGGACGUGGCUUCAAACAGUGGACCGGCGAUGAUUCAAAAGCGCUUAUGAAGGUUUAUAUAGCAGCCAUCGAGGGACAUGUCCCCGUGGACAUCGUGCGCACUUUCCGUGCAUUUCUUGAAUUUUGUUACAUCGUACGACGGAAUACCAUUACGGAGCGCACGCUAGAGCAAGUUCGAGACGCCGUUUCCAGCUUCCAUAAGUAUCGUGACAUUUUUCUGACGAGUGGCACCAUACCCACAUUCUCGCUACCACGACAACACGCCAUCGCUCAUUACGUGGAACUCAUCCAGCUCUUUGGCGCUCCAAAUGGACUCUGCUCAUCUAUUACAGAGAAUAAGCAUAUCAAGGCUGUUAAAGGUCCAUGGCGACGAUCAAACAAAUUCAACGCGCUCGGUCAAAUGCUCGUCACCAAUCAACGACUCGAUAAACUGGCUGCCGCACGAGUCGAUUUUACCAGCCGUGGGAUGUUGAAUGGGACUUGCCUUUCAGCAGCCCUCGAAGCCCUUCAAGUUUUGCAACAAGAUGAACCGAGGGACCCCACACUUCCUGCCACCGAAGAUGCAGUUGACGACGCUCACGACGGAAACCUCGGCGUGUCUGUUCCCGAAGAUGGCAUUGACGGAGUAGACCAUGGCCCGACAAUUCUGCAAGCACACACACGAUUGGCGCAAACAAUUCGCAAGUAUAAGACAAAACGUGCACGCAAUGUAUUGGCUCUCGCUGAAGAGCUGAAUAUUCCCCGUCUGCCUGAGAUGAUCCGCCGCUUUCUCUUCCAGCAGACACGCCCAGAUGACCCGCGAGAUGCAUCCGAAAUUCCCGUUGCGGGAUGCCCUCGAUACGAGGGCAAAAUAUCAGUUUUCAACUCUGCAUGCUCACGGUUCUAUGCCCCGAGCGACUUAAGUGGGAUCGGUGGCAUGCGGAUUGAGCAUAUUCGUGCUUGCCCCAUGUGGCGGAACGAGGCCCCUCGUUAUGACUGCGUUUUCGUUAACGUUGGGUCAGAAGACGUGGGCAUCCGAGGACUUGAAGUCGCGAGGAUUCGUGCCUUCUUCUCGUUCAAUUACGGAGGAACGACAUACCCGUGCGCCGUUUUGCGCUGGUUCGAUAUCAUUGGAGACUCGCCCGACGAAGAUACGGGCAUGUGGAUGGUGCGUCCAGCCUGCGGUGCUAACAAUGCAGCUAUCUACAAUAUCAUACACGUGGAUACAAUCUACCGUGCAGCUCACCUUAUUCCUGUCUACGGCAGACGUUUUCUUCACCGCGAUAUUACCCUACACAAUUCAUACGACAAAUUUCGGACUUUCUACGUGAAUAAAUAUGCUGAUCAUCACUCUUUUGAGCUCGCAUCAUAGUCAUUUUCAUCAGUUUUACACAUUGUAUCCAAUUAACUACGUUUUCAAGCCUUGAUUGUUUUUUUUCCUCUUGUGUGACUUGAACGGCUUGAACCAAGUAAGUCUUUGGCCGCCUUGUCACAC